AUGCAGGUCUAUGAAAUCAAAGCUGUUGAUAUUUUCUUACGUCCUCGACUACGGACAGGAGCAGACGACCGCUUCAACCAGAGCAUUUCCGAGAGGCUACCGGACCUAUGUGAUGCAAUACAAGUACAAGAAAGAUUACUGGAUCACGUUAUUUCUCUCCUACCGUCCGGUCCAGAACAAGAAGCGAUUCUUCUGAAGGACGCCAGUGUCAAAUCGCAGCUUGAUAACGCCAUCUCUAGCACGAAGGCUGAAGUUUUACCGCAAGCAGUGGCUAACGAGUCACGUAGCACAUCACCUUCUAGCCGUAGUGAUCAGUCUCCAGGCUACUUGGGCGAGGUUAGCGAUAUUCGCUUUGUUAAUCUUGUGAAAAGAAUUCUGCAAACCCAAGACGGAACCGCGAUGACGCAAAAAGAUCUUGAGAGCUAUGACCAAGGAGAGAGCUUCUUACCGUCUGAUAAGCCCUCUUGUUCCACCAUCUUGCUACCUGUCUUUGAUGAGGCUAAGCAUUAUAUUAAUGCUUAUUUCACCACUAUUCAUAUUGCUUACCCUUUCAUUCCUGAGUCGCCUUUUAUACACAGUUAUAAGGCGCUGGAAGGUCAUACCACUCCCCAAGCCCAGAGUUGCAAGGGCAUCUUCGAGACAGCGCUAUCAUAUACAAUUUGCGCUAUUGGGGCCUACUAUACAACCUUGCCUGGCAAGGACGAAAGUCGCCAACUUCCAACAUGGAACGAUCACUCUGCCACGUCGUACUCCUUUUGGCGAGAUGCUUCUACCUCCUGGUUGUAUGCAGGACAGAAAGUUGUUGGACAAUACUUGGCCAAGCCGUUCGUGUAG